AUGAAGUGGUUCCACAUCAUCUGCCUGUUGGUGCUCUUGAUCGGCCUCGUCGCCGCCGUCGAAAAGCCUGAGGCUGGAGACGCUCUCCAAGCUUCCUCCACCGCCGUCGGAGCCGUAAGUUUUUGGCGUGGCAUUUUAUAGUUACUGCUGGGUUCGAAAUUUGAAAAUGAAUAACGAAUAGUAGUCCUUGAAGUUGUCUUUGGGCCUUCUAUUGACCUUAGACAUAGGUUUUCAUAAUAAUAACGAUCCGAAGCUUCUGGUAUACAGUUCUUUUGGCUUUUUAACUUCUAGUCCUGAAAAUAAAAAUUAAAUUUUGUCAAAAUAUUUAACCCUACUUUCUCCUAAACCACCAUUCUUCCAAUACUAUCCCAACGCCUCUCUAAUUCCCCCUAAUUUCAGGCCGACGCCGUCCACGACCGUAUCGCUCGUGCCGCCGCUGCCCGCAGACGCCGUCACCGCAGAAGACGCGGACGCAAGCACCGUCGCGGACGCAAGCACCGCAGAGGACGCAAGCACCGUCGCGGACGCAAACACCGCAGAGGAUAA